GCAGAAUGAAACUUCCUCAUCACCUCAGCUCUACACGAUCUCGAUAUUGAUACUAUCCAUUUUCACAAUAUGUUGAUUACAGAGAAAGAAAUCUUGAAUCCUUCCAUUCCUGACCUGCCCAGCAAAGAGCUCGUCAUUGAGCUCUGCAAGAGGGAAGGGUCUCGCCGCAAUCACCUCACCUACUCGAGCAAGGAUAGGGAAAUAUUCAUCAAAUACAACAAUGCUUCAAUGAGUGAAGCGCACACGCAGUUGUUUUUCUACAAUUACAUGAUGUCCAAAGAUAAUCCGGUUUUUCGGAUUCCUGAAAUAUACCACGCUUUCCAGACCGAGGGGAAGGGAACAUAUAUCCUCAAGGAAAAUAUCGACAUUGAAGGCCAGGCCUCUGAUGAACAGAGAGUCCAGGCUCUCUGUGAGUUAGUCAGUGUUCCCCCGCCAUCUGGUGUGUUUGGCAACAUAGGCGGUGGCCUUAUCCGGCAUCCCAUUUUUGAUGAUGAGGAGGCUCCUGUACACUUUGCCUCUACGGCCAAGUUGGAAGCAUAUAUCAACAGGGCUCUUCAGUGGUUCAAUAGAAUCAAUGGCCGACAAGACAAAGUUGAUUUCAGUAACGAACCACUUAUGUGCUAUUAUGCAGAUUUUCACCGCAACAAUUUUCCUGUCGAUGUAAAUGGUCAACUUUGGGUGAUAGAUUUCGAACACGCCGGUGUCUUGCCAUCUAGUUUCAUGAGUUAUGCGCUUCGUGCACAUCCUAGAGGCCUAUCGCACUCUCUCCGAAAGGAAAUCCCAGUUCCAGUAUCGAACAAUCUAGUGGCAAUGGGCAAUGCUUCCUAUAUCUUUAAAUGCGUACAUAAUGAUUUCCAUAUUUCCCCCGAAAGAACUCCAGACCACCAACCUGGCCAGUAGCUUGAUAUCUAGAAAUGCUCUGUGCUCCUCUAAGCGUACCUGGUUAUGCAUAAUUCUUUGCCGCAAUGACUAAUUCUUGAGUGAAUAAUGAGAUGGUUGAAAAGCUAUUUCCUUUCACAGCUGGGAAUGUGAAUCGGCAGCUCAUUACUCCUGAUUUGUCUCUGGCCCUAUUAUAUAUAGGCUUCUUCCUUCCACUUUCUCUAGGAAAAUGCAAUCUCAUCUGUCACUUGUACUUAUAAAUCGCCCACAAUAGAUUAGCAACUAGAACUAUCAUCUGCCUUUCUUUAUUUGUUAACUUCGAUAUAAGAAUCUAGCUGAUAUUUUCAAUAGCCCAAACGGCUUCAUUUUAGGAUAGCUGACAUCGAUCCAGGAGGAUUAUAAACUUAGCUUUCUGGUUCUUACUCUAUAAGCCAUUUAUAUACAGGCUCAUUCUUAUCCUUUUUCUUUUGGC